GGCUCCGGCUCCGGCUCCGGCUCCCGCUCCGGCUCCCACCCAACAGGCGCGAUGGCGAGCGGCGACGGCUGCCCCGCGGUGCAGCGCUUCCCCGGCCCCGACGAGGACCAGCCCGCCGCCCAGGGACGGGAGACCGAGGACGAGUCGGGGGGCGACGAGGGGGACUCGGAGGAGGAGGAGGAGGAGGAGGAGGAGGAGGAGCCGGACGCCAGAUUAUCAGACCAGGAUGAAGAGGGAAACAUCAAGCAGCAGUGUGUCAUCUCUGACCCCGCCUUUUCCAUGGUGACCUUUCAACAGGAGGAUAGUGGGAUUACCUGGGAGACCCGUUCCAGCAGAUCCUCUGAAGAAAGCCAGACAUCUGGUGUGUGCAGUCUGGAAGGAUCGGCUGUGCAUUCCCCUCCAGGGAAUGUUUCCUUCAUUGUGGAUGAAGUUAAGAAGGCUCGAAAGAGAAAGCCCAGGUCAAAGCAGGGCUCACCAGCAUUGCGUCGGAAAGGCAACAAAAAAAGAGAUUCUCUGGUAUCUCAAGAUGUCCCUACAGUAGACCAGCAAGAAGAUCCUUUAACUUCAGAAAGCCAGGAACUAAACACCCAGAAAGAUACAUCUUUGACAGGCAGUUAUGAUGGAGCAAGAAAGAAGGCCACAUCAAAUACACCUCCCAUCACUGGUGCGAUUUACAAAGAGCACAAGCCAUUAGUAUUGAAGCCUGUCUACAUUGGAACAGUACAAUAUAAAAUUAAGAUGUUUAAUUCAGUUAAAGAAGAAUUAAUUCCUUUACAGUUUUAUGGAACAUUGCCAAAGGGUUAUGUAAUUAAAGAAAUACAUUAUAGGAAGGGGAAAGAUGCAUCCAUUAGUCUGGAGCCAGAUGUGAACAAUCGUGAAUCUAACGAAGGUUUCAAAACAGGAAAACAAGCAACCCCAAGCCUAGAAGGUGAUAACACAAAGGAGACUGCACCAUCCUGGAGAGAUGCACUUUCAUCCAAAGGAUCAAAGUCCCCUGCCUUCUUAUUUAGCCCUGAAGACACGAUAAAAUCACAUGUUGGUUCUCCCCAGGAGGUCCUAUCUGCCACCAAGCACACGGUCUCCUCUUUCACAAGUCAUGCCCCAGCAGAGCAAACACCGGAGCUCAGCGCCCCACGGCCAGGACCACAGCAUACAGGUGUUGAAACACAACCCAGCAAAGCAGAGUCUUCUUCUCGCGUACCCCAGACACCCGCACCUGUGUUCCUGGAAACAACAAAGGGAGAAUCGGAGCCUGACUUACCAGAAGCAACUGAAACUCUAGACCCUGACUCUUCAGUCUCACCACCUCUACAGAAGGAGGUGCAGAAGGAAGAUGUAUUUUCUGUUGACCGUUGUGCGUCACUGGAGGAAGAGGAAGAGGAAGAGGAGAGAGAGGAGGAGGAGAAGUUUCUGGAAGCGAUACCACCAGGUCUAGCAGCAUCUAUCCCAGACGAUUUUGGUCAGGAGAGACAAGAGCUGAUUACGAUCUCACUCGAAGAGGCAGGGCCGGCAUCUGAAGCGCUGAUGCCUCCUGAUCUCAGUGCCAAAGAACAGAAGGAAGAACGUGAGGCAGAGCCCCCUGUCUCACUUUCUGAACCUCUAGUGUUAGAAAAACCAGAGAGAGGCGAAAUAGAAACCUUCCUUCCAAAAGCUACUUCCCCUGAACCUGAAGAUUUGGAUCUAGUGGAUGAAGAGAUUAUAGAAGUCGAUUAUCCUGACAGUCCAUUAGUUUCUGAGAAGUCUUUUCCCCCGAGUCCGGUCCCUGAAGUGGGAAAGGAGGGAGAGGAGCCCCUCUCACCAAUACUGGCAACACCUGAACAGGCUGCUCUGUCUGAGGUAGAAAGAGAGGAAAACGAGUCUGUUUCUACUGACUCUGCCUUCGUAUCAGAGUACUCCGUCCCACAGGAUCUGAACUAUGAAGCAGAGAAGCGAGAAGCCGCGUCGUCUCCUGCAGCCAAUGGAAAAACCGUAUCCGAGCAUGACAUUUUGUCAGAGGAGAGCGAGGAGUCGGAGCCUGAGUCUCCAGCAUCGGGCUCUGUCUCUGAACACUCCUCCGUGCCAUCCUCCACUGAGAAGCCCUCUGAAUCCCAGCCACCGCUGCUCUCAGCGGCUCCAUCUCAACAGAUGGGCCUGUCUGCAGAAGAGGCCUCGGAAAAUGGCCACUGCUCACCAGAUUCUGAAUCUGCAUCUCCGCAGGGAACGAUUGAGCGGCAGUCUUCAUUACCAUCAAAAGGUGCUUCUGAGCGCGUGAUUCUGUCGGAAGAGGCGGUGGAAGACGCUGGAUUGUGUUCCUCCAGUGUGGCCUCGGCCUCUGCACAGUCUCCUUCAGCGCCCACAAAUGAGCCAGCUACAGAAUCCCGGCCUCCGCCAUUCUCAGCAGUUACGUCGGAACACACCAUUCUGUCUGUGGAAGAGGCCUCGGCGGAAAGUGGAUGUUACGCACCUGACUCCACCUUGGCCUCCCAACAUGCAGUUCCACCAAUGGUGACACAAGAAGCCACAGAGCUAGUAACUGAUGAUACGUCCUCAGUGAAAUCAGAAGUUGCUUCUGAGCACUCAGUUCUUCCAGAAGGAGAGGAGAAACACCUUGGGCCUCAUCUCCCAGAUGUGGCCUCUGUGGCUGACCACUCUCUCCCUCCAUGUACAACCGAGGUGACGUCUGAAUGCCAGGCCCUGCCAUUUCCAGACACGCCAUCUGAACAUGUGGUCAGACCGUCGGAAGAGACCACUGAACUGGAUCGCUAUACACCCUCGCCCACCUCUGCUUCUGAGUUUUCGGUACCACCGUAUGCAACACCAGAGUUACAGGAGGAAGACGUUGAGCACCGUUCCCUUUUACAUCUAAAAGGUGCCACCUCACCUGUAAGCUUCUCAGAGGAAGAUCAGGAAGACAUGGAAGCCUUUUCCCCAGAUUCAGCAUUUGUGUCAGAAUUCUCAUUUCCACCCUAUGCAAGCCAGGACGUGGGGAAAAGAGAACUUCAGAGUGACUCUCCAGUGUGUCUGACAUCUCCCUCUGAACACACUCUUUUCUCAGAUGAAGACACCGAGGAAGCCGAGCUUUUUUCUCCAGACUCAGCAUCACAGGUCUCUGUCCCACCGUACAGAAUUCCAGAAGCAAAUAAAAGAGAAAUUGAGUCUGAUGAGCUGUUAACUGCAAUGUCUGCUUCAAAAUAUUCUAGCUUUUCAGAAGCAGACGAAGAAACAAAUCCACCAACAGUCACUACACCGGUACCUGAGCACCUCAGUUCAUCUCAAAAGCAAAAUGCUGAGCCUUCUUCACUGUCUGCCCCUCAAGACUUGAGCCUGCUGUCUUCAGCAAAUAACACAGAGAAAAGAGAAAGUAAGUCAGAUACCCAGACAACCUCCAUGUCUGUAUCUGAAUAUCUCAUUUCAUUACAGAAGCAAAGAACACAACUGUAUUUAGAGCAGGAAGCAGAAGACGUGAGCCCACUGUGCUUGUCCAGUGCAUCUGACACGGGAGAAACUACAGUCAGUCCAUCAGUAAUCUCAGCGUCUCCUUCUUUACCCACACAGUCAGCCACAGAAAAGGCAGAAAACAACUCUGCAGCUCAGUCUUCAGUGUCACCUGACUCUGUCCAUGCAAUGAAGAAAGAACAAAAGCACAAGGCAUCACUCAUUCCCAGAGCAGAAGGUGAACAGAUGGAUGUGUUAAAAGUUCAGAGUAAGGAAGAAAGCAUGCCUGAAUCUCAACAAGCCGCUGCACGUGCAUCACGGGAUCAAGACAUGGCAUCUCUGCCUCCAAAUGUUCCAGGGUCUGGAAAGAAAUAUUCAGCUGAGCCUAUUUUGGUAGAUGAGCCACAGAAAGAUGUCAAAGACGAUUUAGCUUUGACUGUGACUUCUGAACAAGAGCAAAGAAUGUUGUCAGAGGGUAAGCCUUCAGUAAGAAAACCAUCGUCAACUCUAAAGGAAACAUCUUUAUCUGAACCUGAGAUUUUGUUAGCAGAGAAAACAGAAAUGAAGCCUGAUUCUAAAGUCCCAGGUGAAUCUGGAGCACCACUUACAGAUUCAGCUUCCUCAGGAAGGGAGAAGGACAUUACUCAGGAACCACCUGCACCAGAAAAUUCAGAUUUAUCAGAAGAAAUAAAGACGGUCAUUGAACCCAGCUUGCUAAUAACCACAUCAAUAAUUAAACAGGACUCAAGCUUGACCAAAUUAGCAAGAGAAGAAAUGCCAACAGAUUCAUCUUUUACUACCUCUCUGGAAUACCCAGUCUUAGCAAAAGCAGGAAAGAAUGAAUUUGAUAGUGGUUUGCCAUCCGUGGCAACAUCUGCAGGUGAGCAUUCAGUUUUCAAAGAAGAAGAAAAAGUAACAUGGAAAGGCAGCUCGUCUCCCUUUGAAACCGCUGCCACCCAACAGUCAGCUUGGCCAGAAGUAGAGCCGGAGAUUAAAUCUGACUUGCCUCCCAGUGUAGCUUCUAUGUCAGAACAUUCUAUGUUGCCAAAGGUAGAUUCUGAAAAAGUUAAACCUGAGUUGCCAAUAAGUAAAACACUGUCUUCUCAGCAUCCAGAGGUAUUUAACGAGGCAAAGGUGGAAAAUGACCAAGGUCGUCCCAUUUCUAGGGCCCCUGAUGCUGAACGUUUCGUUUUAUCACAGGGUUCUGUGUCUGCCUCAGAGGUGUCAGGACCUGAGCAUAUACUUUCCGUCAACCUAGAUGGUGAGAUGAAGGAAAAGGAAAUAGAACUUCCCUCCUCUCAAAAUGUUUCUUCCACACCCAAACUUGCAGUUGCAAGUGGCAAAAAUGAGAGACUGGCAAGUUCUUCUCCUGAGUUGGAAAACAGUGUGUCAGAAGAUCUAGCUCCACCAUUACUGACCCUCAGUGGUGAUAAGAACAAACAGGCAGUGGAAACGGCAGAGACUAAGGAGACACCGAUGAAAGAGGACUUCAUUGCUCCAAAGGAGGAAAAGAGGGUGCUGGAGAAACCAGAACGAGAUCUGGCAAGUCAUCAUGAAGAAAAACAACCAGAAGGCGUGCCGUGGAGUGUCUCUGGUCUCAGUGAUCUGAUGGCAGAGCGACCCCGGCCUGCUUUGCCAGAUGAAGAGCAUGCAGAUCAAACCAGAAAGCCAGUCCUGCCACAUUCUGCUAAAGAGUCUCCUUUAUCAUUACAAGGACUAGCGCCUACCAUCGAUACUUCCAGUAGUAAUGGGGAGACCUCGUUAGCUAACACUUUGGAAGAAACAAAGUUGGCCUCCAAACAAAAAUCUGAAGUUUCUGCUGGAAAUAUAGAGAGAAAUGAAGUGCAGGAGAAGGAGGUCCAUUCUUUGGGGGAGAGUGAAAGCUUGAUAUUGGAGAAAACAAUAUCAGAACCUUCCAGGCCUUGCAAAGAAGAGGGUCAGGGAGAAAGCAGACUACCACCUGAAAGCAUCCUUCAGAAGGCAGCAGGACAGGUCAAAUCAGAAAUGAUCCCCCCUACUUUCAAAGUGGCCCAUUUCCUUACUGAAAGUGGGAAAUCUUCAGUGGACAGUGAAGAAGAGGCUGACGAGAGUAUAGCUCCUGUUUCUGAAGCAAAGCCAUCAGCAGAAUCAAAAGUGCAGUUAAAGGUUGCAGAUGAUGCUGAGCAGAGAAGGAAACCAGCCUCUGAAGAGAAAUCACUUCUAUCAGUAAAGCCCCGGUCCUCAACUGGUACGGAAACUCCAUCCUCAGAGUCACCCGAAGAGAUGCAAAAGGCAUCUAACCAACAAAAAGCGGUUACACAAAGCCUUCCUGAGGAAAAGGGAAAGAAAGGCAUUUCAUCUUUUACAUCAUGGAUGUCCAGUUUGUUUUUUGGAUCAAACAUUCCUGAUAAUAAAGUUGCCGGAAAAGAAGAUUCAGAAGUUCAGCCAAGUCUAACUGUAGAAAAAGUAGUAACAAGGAUAGAGCCUACAAGUACAACUCCAGCUGACUUUACUGCAGCUGAGAAACCAACGGAUCAUCUAACACCAGAGACAAAACUUUACAUGGCCAGGGAAUCUGGAGGUAUUUCUGUUACAUAUGAUGAAAAUGAAGACUCUAAAGUAAAACAAACCUCUCUGACAGAUGUUUCAUCACAGUCAAAAUCCAAUUUUGAGAUGUCUAAUGACAAUUAUAGGAAGCAAGAAAUCCUAGGCAAUUCCAAAGAAUCAGAUCUAAACUCAGUCGUUACUUCAGCUAGUGGCGAAAUACAUCUUGGGACUCAGUCCAUUCUUGAAGAAGCCAAAAAUGCCAUCCCUCUUCAUGUCAAUAAUACUCAGAUAACCCAGGAGCCAGAAACUUCUGCACUGAAAUGGAAUAUUUCUGUUCUUAAGGAAGAGCCAAGAAGAGAUCAAAAAGAAAAAUCACUCCUGUCACUUGAUGUAGUAGAGAAGGUGCCCCAGGAGCCUAAGUCAGCUCCACUGAGCCUCACAAGUACAACACUCAUGAAGGAAUCUGUGGAACCAGAGUCAAUAAUUUUGCCAGUAGAAGAAUCUAAAGACAAGAUAACUGAUCUUGGCAAAGGCCAACUUCAGAAAGAAAUUCCAAAGCUGACUUCCUUGAAAAUGCCUGAAGAAGAGAUAGAAUUCAGCUCUGUGAGCCCACUGAAGAAGGAAGAUAACUGGGAAACUCCACUUUCCUCCUUAGCAGAAAAGAAGGUGCUGGCAGAAAACCAAGAAACGGUGACCCCAUUAGAGCUUCGAGAAAGUGAUGAAAUCGAGCAGGUACAGGUUGCACGUGGACUGGCUCCUAUUUCGCUUGAAGAAUCUAAAGAUGCUGCUCUGUUUCGGCAGCUCUGUCAAAAUGAAGACCACAAGGAAAGGCACACAAUUACCAAGGAGGAGGAAGGAGAAGAAAAGGAAGAGCAAUCAGCAGUGUUUUCAGAAGGAAAGAAGCACCAGGAAACGUAUCCUUGUUCUGUGAAUGCAGCCAGACCGAUGCCUGGUGAAUCAGCUAUGUCUGUAGGUCAUGACGUAGGUGACACCCAAUCAUUAUCAGUAGUUGAAAGCACUCCCGAUACUGGAAACUCAGAAGCCGUGAUCUCCGAGGCUUACCCCAAAAUUAAGGCACUGGACACUCAAUCAGUGAAAGAAAAUAAUACAUUGGUGGAGAAAUCCAAGACUUUUAUCCCAGCGGAUCAUCUUUGUCAUAAGGACAGAGGUGACCAAGCUUUACUUAAGGAAGGGAAUCUGGUAUUGGAAAAUGUAGGUAGGGAUGUGGUGAGUCACAUGGAAAGAAAGGGACAGGUUACAAUAGUAGAACCAUCAAAAGGUGGUUCAUCAGACAUCACAAAAGAAAGUCUGAAACAAGAGUCUCUGGAUAAAGAAUCUGGAAAAACUUCAAGACAUCUUUUUGUUGAAGCAGAGAGCUUAGAAACACCACCAGAUUUGGUGUCAACUGUGAAACCACAGACACUUGUUUCAGGAACUUCUCCAGCGAUUAGUGCAGCAAAGAACCAAGAAAGGUCAUGGUCAGAAUUGACUCCAGAGAGGCAUACAGUCUAUACCAUUCAAACUUCUAAGGAUCAGACACCUGAAAUACCCAGACAGUCUGUUGUUAUUUCAAAGCACCAUUUGGAGGCUGUAGAAGAUGCAGAUAUACAGGAACCAUGUUCUUCACCGCAUAGCAACUAUGCUCAAUUCAUAGCUAGCGCAUCAACAACUAGCGCCGAUCAGACUGGAAACACAGCUCUGGAGCCUGAAGACACAUAUGAAAGAGAGAAGGGAUUUACAGUGACCAGUAAGCCAGCCAGACUGACUGAAGAUCAAAAGAGUGCCUUCAGCAUCAUUUCUGAAGGUUGUGAGAUAUUAAAUAUUCAUGCUCCUGCAUUCAUUUCUUCCAUUGACCAGGAAGAAAGUGAACAAUUGCAAGAGAAACUAGAAUAUUUGGAAGAGAAAUCAUCAUUGAGAAACAGACCACUCCAUGAUAAUGGUGAGGCAGUUGCUUAUGACAAAACACUCAAGACUCAGCUAGGAGACCCUAAUAAAAAAGUUGUGUCACCAGAAGGAGACAGACACAAGGUAGGUCACAACAUACAAGAGGAGAUAGUCACCACUCCAGAAACUGAUGAGCUAGCCUCUACUGAGCCUACAGUACCCAGUGAAGAAGACUAUUUCGAAAAAUACACAUUGAUAGAUUAUAACAUCUCCCCAGUACCAGAAAAACAGAAAACCCCAUGGAAGUCAAGUAUUGAAGCAGAACUCUCCAAAGAACUUUCGGAAGAAGCUAUCUCAUUUUCAGAAAGUACAGAAGAAAGUGCCCUAGAACGUGAAUACAAGUUGGUAAAAUUAGAUGAACAUUUUUAUGGAGUGGAAAAGGACCAGAACAAAUUAUCUCACCCAGAGAACCAAAAGUUUUUGGAUAUCCAGAAGCCCGCCGACAGAGCUGCAUCACAAGGUGUACACAGAGACGUGGACUCAAAGUCCCCUGGGAUGCCUUUGUUCAAUGAAGAAGAAGGAGUUCUGACACCAACCCAGAUAUUUCCCACCACAGUUAAAGCCGCUCAUCCUGAACUCCUAGAGGAGCCACCUGCACUCACAUUUCUCUACAGGGACCUGUACGAAGAUGCCGUUGGAGAGAAACAGAAGGAAGGUGACACAGUGUCUGAAGGUGGCGACAGUGUGAAUUCAGAGGCAUCGUUUCCCCACAGAAAUUCCGACACUGAGGAUGGAACAGGGCUAUAUUUUGAGAAGUACAUCCUCAAAGAUGACAUUCUUCAUGAUGUAUCUAUACCUCAAAAGGACCAACAGCAAGGUCUGGAAGCAAAAGCAGUUGGCAAGGAUGAUUCAUACCAACCAAUAGUUGCAGAAGGGGAAGUUUGGGGUAGGGGUAGGUUUGGAACUAUUUGGGGGGACAAGAGUCUGGGAGAAGAUCAGAAAGCUAUUUCCAGGGAAGGAGAACCUGCAGGCCAGGCGGAGACCCUUGGCAGUGAAGCUCAGCAGAAGAAAGCUCCCAUCACUGAAGAAGUCACGAUAGCUACCCAGAAGAUCAGCUAUGCGAUUCCAUUUAGAGAUACCCAUCAUGUCUUGGAGAGGGUAGAUGACACUAGCAAUCAGAAUAAUGAAGCAGGAAACGCAAGUCCAGAGGAGAAUCUAAAUGUCCCUGUCCAGGUGUCCUUCCCAGAGGGAGAAUUUGCACCAGGAGCAGCUUGUAUUCAAGAAACAAUGCAAAAGAAAUCAGAAGUAGCCAUCUCACCUGAGCCAAGUGAAGAGAGGCUCCGUAAUAGUCCGAUUCAGGAUGAGUAUGAAUUUGCUGAGUCCCUGAAUUACGAAGUGGUUACUCAAGACCUAGCAGAGGAACGGAACUCUGUAGCUAUGCCUGAAAAUGUGUUAUGGCAAGAAAAGGAAGCCUUUGAACACACCAGCGACCAUGAGUUUGUGAGUAAGGCAGAGCAAAGCAUGUCUGCGGAACAGAAAGAACUGGACACAGAGAGAACACAAGACCAGCUAUCAUCAGAGUUAGCAACAAAAAAGCAAGAAGAAAAGGAGUCCAAGAGGUCCCAGGUCGACACAUAUUGCUACACUUGCAAAAGCCCGAUUUCUGCUGUGGACAAAGGAUCUGGCCUCCAUAAAGACCAUGAGGUUUCAACACUUGAUGCAGCCAUCAGUGCUAUCAAGGUUCAACUGGCUGGAUUUCUAGAAAACUUACAAGAGAAGUCUUUGAGGAUUGAAGCCUUUGUUAGUGAGAUCGAAUCCUUUUUCCAUACUGUUGAGGAAAACUGUCGUAAAAAUGAGAAGAGGCUGGAAGAACAGAAUGAAGAAAUGACGAAGAAGGUUUUAGCACAGUAUGAUGAGAAAGCCCAGAGCUUCGAGGAAGUGAAGAAAAAGAAGAUGGAGUUCCUGCAUGACCAGAUGGUCCACUUUCUGCGGAGCAUGGACACUGCCAAGGACACCCUGGAGACCAUCGUGCGAGAAGCAGAGGAGCUCGAUGAGACCGUUUUCCUGACGUCCUUUGAAGAAAUCAAUGAAAGGUUGCUUUCUGCGAUGGAGAGCACUGCUUCCUUAGAGAACAUGCCCGCUGACUUUUCACUUUUUGAACAUUAUGAUGACAGCCCAGCGAGAAGUGACCAGCUGUUAAAACAAGUGGCUGUUCCACAGCCUCCUAGGCUAGAGCCCCAGGAGUCAAGUUCUGCCACUAGCCGGACGAUUGCUGUUUACUGGAGCAUGAACAAGGAGGAUGUCGUUGACUCAUUCCAGGUGUACUGCAUGGAGGAGCCACAAGAUGAACAAGAAGGAGAUGAAUUGGUAGAAGAAUACAGAUUGACUGUGAAGGAAAGCUACUGCAUUUUUGAAGAUUUGGAACCCGACCGGUGCUAUCAAGUCUGGGUGAUGGCUGUGAAUUUCACCGGAUGUAGCCUCCCCAGUGAAAGGGCCAUUUUCAGAACUGCACCGUCUACUCCGAUGAUCCGUGCCGAGGACUGUACCGUGUGUUGGAACACUGCCACUAUCCGGUGGCGGCCUGCCAACCCAGAGGCCACUGAGAGCUACACUCUGGAGUAUUGCCGACAAAACUCUCUGGAGGGUGAGGGCCUCAGAUCUUUCUCAGGAAUUAAAGGACUCCAGCUGAAAGUCAGCCUCCAGCCCAAUGAUAAUUACUUCUUCUACGUGAGAGCCAUCAAUACAUUUGGGACAAGUGAGCAGAGUGAAGCCGUGCUUAUUUCCACCCGAGGUAAAUGCUCUUUGUGUACAGCGGACUGUUUAUGUUCUUCUCCUUCUCCCACCUAGAGGAAGCAACUUCUUACAGAUCUUGACCUGCUGCCGGUGCUAGGUUUGCUGCACACGA